UGCUCCUCCUCUUCCUCCUCCCACCGGGGCUCUCCGGAUUUGGACGAUUUCUUCCAAAUCGUCGUCACCGCCGAUUGCCUCCAGUCCAAGGAUAAGAAAGUCACAACCGCCAAGGAGACCAAAUCGUGCUUCGAGGAGCGCUUCAAGACAGGAAAAACUGUUGGUUCUUCACCAAACUCAGCUGCAGCAGCAGCAUACUACUACACCGGAUGCGAACACGACUACGAGCCGCACUUCCUCGAUUCCUGCUCCCUCUGCGGCAGAUCGCUCUGCCAAAACAACGACAUCUUCAUUUACAGAGGGAACACGCCGUUCUGUAGCCAGGAGUGCAGGCAGGAACAGAUAGAGAUGGAUGAGGCGAUGGAGAAGAAGAAAUGGAAGAGGUCUUCUUCCUCCAAGAGAUCGAGCGCUGCGAGACAGAGCUCCGACGAAUCUGACAUCAAUAAAGCUGUACGCACUGGAGUAGUGGCUGUGGCCUGA